UAUCAUUCGUGGGAGUCACUUGGGCUUCCGUUAAGUAACGUUCUCCUAAUUUUAUCGUUCGCAGUAUCGUGGUGAUCAACUCCAAAUACCAAGUUUUCAUAAAGAACCUUAACGGAAUUGAAUCAUUGUCAUUUUUUUCCCUCUAUAAUAAAUAGGCUCGAUAUAAAUACAGUCGGAAUACCGGAUCAUUUCAUUUCACUGUUAUCAGUUUCUUGAAAUAUCAAUAUUCAUUUUUUUCAUAUUUUGUGGACUCAAUGUUCUGUGGUCUGUCCGUUAUCACAGCAGAGUGAUAACCGCCGAUACUAUGCACUCGCAAGAGAACCUCGUUCGACGAGUUCAAUUUUAACUUAGAAAGUCAGCGGUGUGAAGUGUUACAAGUAAUUAGAACACGAAUAACAGAAAAAUGUUUUUCGUAGUUGCAUCGUUUACCUGUUAAUUAAUUUUAUAUAAUCUAACUCUCGGAGAAUACAUCGGGAAAAAAUCUGGAGUGCAUUAAUCGAACGGAUUAAAUUUGUGUACAUGAGAAACUCGCGUGGUUGUAUCUAUCGUCGUGUGGAUUUAAGAUAUUUGACAGUUUUCCUGCGAUAUAUUUGUAUUUACAAUUUCUAUACGUGCGAGUUUAUACGGCUCGAAAAAUAUCUUACGCCGGCGCGGUUAUCCGCCGACGCGAGGAGGAAGCCUAUUUUAAGCGCGUCAGUCACGAGGAUUUACUCCCCGAGGAAUCACGCUUCGUAGUUUCGAGGCCCUCCCGGCAGAUGUUAAAUUUUUCUUCCUUCAAAAUUGCGAGUUUCUGCGCAGAAGAAACAGAAAAAAAAAACAAAAAAAAACAGUCGAACGGGGCUCCAAUGGCGGUACGAGUAGCUUGUGCCGAUCGAUGAGAGAAUUAUUUUCCGCGUUAUAGAUGCAGGAGUUCAGUUCGAUGACUCAAGAAUCUGUGACCGGAAAUUUGGUUCCGGCAUAUCUACAACUUCUGGGUCAUGAAUAAAAUGGCUACACGAAAAAUUGGCUGUAUCGGAAAGUGUACAGUUGGACUAUCGGUCGACGAUCUGAGUCGAAUCACACAGAACAUUGAACAAACUUUGAAAGAUCCGAGUGGGAGAAAAAUAUUGAGAAGAUAUUUGUUACAGGGCGGACGACGCGACGCUUGCAAAUGUCUUGAAUUUUGGGAAAAGUGUAACGUUAUAGUUUCGAAGGAGGAAUAUUUGGCAACCCCGGCUGAUCAUCCGCCGAGCGAAAAUUUGGCGAAUGAAUUUGAAGCGGUGAUGUACGAGGCUGCCGAUCUUUCCGAAAUAUCCGAAAUAACUCUUGCAUUAUUGGAGCGUUUUAGUGAAGCUCAAAAUACAAGAAGUCGAGACGUGAUGUUGAAUGUCCUGAAAGAUGCGAUGACCUGCGCGUCUGAUCAUUUGAGAAAAUCACACAGUGCAUUUUCCAGAUACGCGUUGCAACCUUGUCCAAGGAAAAAAUAACAUCACGACCGACCUGCAUACUUUUAUAAAAAAAAAAACUCAUCACACACCAUAAGUGUUGUCAAAUGCGUUAAUUCAUUGAAAGUGAAUAUAAACCGAGUAUAAUUACUCGUUGCCGAAUGUUGCGCGCAUCUCUUGUUGAACUGGUGUAAUAAUUACUAAAAACGAACAAAUAAGUUAUCUCAACGUGAAAAAUUAACAUUAACUAUGUACUUAGUUGUUAUACACACUUUGAAAUAAGAUAGCCGUCCAGUAUUUAUUUCGUUAGAAAAGUUUAUUGCAAAAAAAGUUUCUGUUUUUUUUUUUUUUGUUAUCACUUAUAGGGGGAAAAAAUUUAUUCUCGCUAGAUUUUUAUACGUGUAUAAAUUAUUUUCUAUGCCGUUUGCAUAAAAUAAUCGAAAAUGAGCUGCCCAGGGGUACCUGUCUAAUGACAACACUAUUUUUUAACUUAACAUAAUUACGAGUGACAUAUAAAUAUGAUGCUAUUUGUAAAACAAUUAAGAAAAAAAAUUGUCCCUAUGUGUCGUUCCUCAAAUGAAUAAAAGUAACAUUUAUACUAUA